AUCAGAGCUGAUCUCAGUCGGAGUCUCUGCUGCUGAAGAGUCGGGAUGGAAACUCUGCAGGCUUUACUCUUGAUUCUGGGAUUUUCUGCUGCUCAGGAAGAGAAUCUGACAGGAAUCGUUGGAGGAACCAUCAGUCUACCUGCUGCUGUCACAGAGAAAGGAUUUCUUUUAUAUAACUCGAUAAGCAUUGCUUCAGUGUUUAAAGGUGAAUUUGAGAUUGAUGUGAAAAUUUACAAGAACAAACUUCAUUGGAACCGAAGCUCUGGACUCUUUACGAUCACAAACCUGCAGAAGAACGACUCAGGAAUCUAUAAAGUUCAAAAAGGCAAAUUUUCUUCUUCAUAUAAACUCCAAAUUUAUGAUCCAGCAGCGACUCCUGCAGUAAAAACUGUUAAUGUGACCUCUGACCUCUGCCUGUUGAUCUGCUCUGUGGACAAACCGGAGACUCUGCUGUGGAUCAGAAACAAAGAAAUCCAGAACCAGAGCCGCUCUGCUCUGUCUUUACAUGUUACUGUCUAUAAAGAGGAUAGAGAUUCAUCAUAUAGAUGUGCAGCAGCCAAUCCUGCAGAGAACAAAACUGUUGAUGUUAAUUUAACGACUUCCUGUGGAUUCAACCAGACAGAAACUCAGACUGACAGAAGAACAUAUUGGAUCUCAGCUGUCGUCUCAGUCGUGGUUCUUGUAUUUGUUGCUUUUGGACUCUGGAUGAUCAAACUGAAGUUUCUGGACCGAAAGGAACCAGCUGGACAAACACAGAGCAGGUCAGGAUAUUUGUCUCCUCCAGAAGUUUCUCCUCAGGAAAAUGAUCCAACAUUUUCAACAAUCUUCUAUAGAACCUGGAACCAGGAAAUAACUUCAUAAGGGACCCAAACCAACAUGGCGUUAGUUCAUUCUCUGUAAGGGAAACGGCGCCCCCUGGUGGUGAUGCCUCGUCAUUUCCAAGCUGUUAUAAUAAUCUGUUUUAUUUUGUUGGUUCUGUUGUUGAUUCUUUACAUUAAGAGAUUCUUCCAUGUCAGUGUCUCCAUUGGUUUCUAUCAAACCAUUUGUUUUCUUUUCCUCCUCAGAUAAUUAAAACUGAAGAAAUAAAAACUGAUGGAAGUGAAUUAAAAUCAGCUGCAGACAGAAAGCAGCAGGUUUCACUCAUAAACUCUGAAUUAAUGUUUCACUUUUAGUUUGAUUCUCCUUAUAAGCAGAAGUUUCUUCAUUUUGUCUCUAUAGUCAGGCUGACUACCUGCAGCUUUGGGGUCACAGGGGUCAAGAGGUCAGCGGCUCUGACCUUCAGCUCUGCUGAUGUUCCUCUGAUCUGUUUGUUGUGGAAACUUCAGCCUGGAUCGUUUUGUUCUGUAAAUAAAGUGAUGCUGGUUGAGAUGAGGGCCUGGAUUCACUGAGCUCAGAUGAAACUUCUUCUCCUUCCUUCUCAGAUUUCCACAGGUCAGCAGCUGAAGGGGAACGGAGUCAAACAACAAACAGAAACAUUCUUCAGUCCAAUCUGUCGGUCCAACCUGCUGUUUUCUGUCGGUUUUAGUUUGUUGAGAAGAGUCUGUUAUGAAGUGAUUCAUGCUAAUUAUAGCAUAGCUGUAAUUAUAGCUGAGACAUCGCCAACAGACCCACCAGUGGGCGGAGCCU